AUGAAGAACCAUAUUAAAUCGUUUUGCUCCUUAUUUCUAUUGUGGCUUUCCAAUUUUGUUUUUCAUAGCUACUUUCAACUAUGUAAUUCACAAUCCAGUACUUUUAAACCAGGUCAAGUGCAGUUAGUGGGUAUUUUUCCUAACACAGUAGAUUACAAGAACCAAUCGUCCAAUUUAUCUCGGUAUUUUAACCCGGAAAAUAUCCAACUUACUCAAGCUAUGAUUUAUACUAUUGAGGAAUUAAUCAAUCAUAACCCAGCUUUGCUACCCAAUAUUCAAGUUGGUUGGACACUUCUAGAUUCUUCUUCAUCUAUUAACCAAACUAUGGAAUUACUCAGCAGUGUUUUAUCCAAUCAAAAACUUUCGAAUACAGGGCAAAGCCAUACAAAAAUCAAUAAUACGAAUAACGCUCCAUCUAGUCUACCAGAACCAAUUUACAAUAUUUCGGCUAAUUCUUCCCCUAUAUUUGGUGUUAUUGGUGCCAAAUUAUACAAUAUAACCGUUAAAACGGCAUCGUAUACAAGCAAAAAUCACUUUACUCAAGUUAGCUAUUUUUUCAAUCAGUCUUUAACCGAUCAGCAACAAUUUCCUUACUUUUAUUCUACUUCUGUACCGGAUGAUCUAUAUUGGUAUGCCAUUAAAGAGAUUAUAACUUAUUUUAACUGGAAUUGGAUAUCAAUUGUCAUUGCUGGAAAUACCAUAAGUGAAAAUAUUAUUCAAGAUAUUAACCGACUACCCCAAAAUCACGGCAUAUGUUAUGAUGAGAUAUUGAUGAUUGAUCAGAACUAUACUUUGUCUUCCAUUACUAAAAUUAUUUUAAAAUUAAAGAAUCAGACUAAAUCAGAAGUAGUUGUUCUACUAGGUAAUGAAUUAAUCAUCUAUCGAUUCUUUCAACAAGCUGAUAUCCAUCAGCUAACAGGUAAAACUUGGAUCGGUUCCUAUCACUGGUUGAUAUCUCCGUCAAUCUAUUCUAUUAGAUCAAGUAUCCUUAAUGGGGUAAUCGGCAUUUCCUUCAAUUCUGUUACUAUGCAAGCGUUUAAUCUCUAUCUGGAUCGCCUUAAUUUAUGUAAUAAUUUAGAUAACAUCUGGUUUAGACAAGCCUUACAAGAAAUACUUAGCAUAGAUGCUAAAAUACCGAAUUGUACAUUUAAUAAGACUAGAAUUCGAUAUUUUCAAGCAUUUUAUAAAAUAAGUCCAAUUUCAGCUUUCGUUAUGGAUGCUACAUUAGCAUUAGCUCAUGCUCUACAUAAAUAUCUAGGCUGUAACGAAACUUAUUGCCCAUCAAUAUCUGAAAAAUCGUUUAAUAAUCAGCAAUUUAAUAAUAUUUUAAGUAAGAUUCGUUUUGAUGGUAUCUCAAGUCGUUCUUUUCGGUUUGCACCUAAUGGCAACAGUCAGAUAUCCUUUAAUAUUGUUAAUUUGCAAUCAUCGAUGAAUUCAAAUACGUCAAGAUUUGAACCCGUUGAUAUUGGUUAUUGGAAUCAAAACGAAGGUCUAAUUCUUAAUGAAGAAAGUUUAUACUUGCUAUUAUUAAUAUUUAUUUGGACCAUUAUGAUCGCAAAAAGACAGACACCUAUAGUUAAGGGCUCCAAUUUCAUAUUAAUAAAUCUACUAUUAGCCUUCCUUGCUUUACUGGUACUAGUAUCUGUCCUCCAUUUAUUGCCUGCCACUCCUGAAGUAUGUGCUGUCAAGAAUUAUCUUGUUACUACGAGUUGCAUCGGAAUAUACACCACUAUAUUAUGUAAAACAAAUCAAGUCAAGAAUAUAUUUCAGAACGUAACAAACAUGAGCAGUAGAAGGAAGCAAUAUACCAAGACUUACUGCCAAGUAGCUUUCAUCUUGGCUUUUCUAUUCCUUUCUAAUGGAAUCUUGACUGCCUUUAUAAUCAUCCUACCCUUUCCUCUAUUAAAAUAUCGAGAUGGGAAUCAAACUGUCAUUGAUUGUAAUAUUCAAUAUUUUUAUGGACAUAUUAACUUAGUCUGUUGGAGCAUAGUCAUUGUCUCAACUUGUUUAUAUCUAGCUUAUAAAACGCGCUCUCUUCCUGAAAAUUUUAAUGAGUCAAAAUAUAUUUUCAUGUCUACACUUGCUGUUAGUAUAAUUGCGAUUGCCACGUUUAUGGUUGAUUCCUUUACCUCAGGCGUCGCUACUAUUGCGUUAAGCAUAACAAAUACCCUCUUAUUAGGGGCAGCUCCUAUGAUUUUCUUAUUUCUUCCCAAGUUGUAUAUUAUAUUUUUUCGACCCCAUUUAAAUACAAGGGCACAAGCCACUAAAAAUAUUUCUCAUUUUACUUUUGCUAAAGGAGGUAUUCGAGAAAAAUCUACGAAUACACAGGAACCCACCACUAAUAUUGGCUGCAAUGAAACUCAGAAGGAACACCAAUCUCCUAACAAUAAAAUACAUUCAAUCAACACUGUUGACCAAGUUGCCGAAAUUCUUUCAUAA